AUGAAGAUCAUUAAGACUUCAUUGCUAGCGUUCCUCUUUCUUCUUCCUCUUGUACUGGCUGACCUGCGGGUUGGUUUCUACAAUGCUACCUGCCCACAAGCUGAAUCAAUUAUACAACAAGUCGUGCAAAAACGGUUUGCAACUGAUUCAUCCAUAACUGGCGCUUUGCUUCGCAUGCAUUUCCAUGACUGCUUUGUCAGAGGAUGUGAUGCCUCCAUACUUAUAGAUUCGACACCGAAGAAGACAUCUGAAAAAUCGGCAGGACCAAACUUGACUGUGCGAGGAUUUGAGCUUAUUGACGAGGCCAAGAAAAGCCUAGAGGCAGCAUGCCCUUCAACUGUAUCCUGUGCAGAUAUCAUAACCCUCGCAACCCGAGAUUCAGUUGUUCUUGCGGGAGGGCCAAGCUAUGCUGCUCCCACCGGAAGGCGUGAUGGCCUUGUUUCAAAUCCCGACGACGUUAACUUGCCCGGUCCAUCGUUCUCUGUGUCUCAGGCGUUGCAGGCUUUCACAGCCAAAGGGUUGACCCUAAAUGACAUGGUCACUCUUUUGGGUGCACACACGGUUGGUUUAGUGCACUGUAAUUUUUUCGAAGAUAGGCUUUCAAAUUUUCAAGGCACAGGGUCUCCUGAUCCUUCUAUGGAUCCAGCCUUGGUUGCCAAGCUGAAAAAACUUUGUGCAGCUGGCAAUAACCCAACUACAUUUCUGGACCAAAAUACAUCUUCUACUUUUGAUAACCAGUACUACAAUCAGCUUCUUUUGAAGAGAGGUAUCUUGCAGAUCGACCAGGAGCUUGCUUCAGAUAGAUCUACGACUGGUAUUGUUUCUGGAUUUGCAUCAAAUGGUGUGAGAUUCAGUCAGAGAUUUGCAACUGCUAUAUUAAAGAUGGGGAGUCUCCAGAACAGCAGCUCCUCUCAUUUGUUACUGUUCAUCGCACCAGUUUUUGGGCUGCCAUCGCCUCCUCCGGCCACCCCAAGCGACGACAUGGAUAUUAAAAGAACCAGCACGUUGUCCUCUACCACCCUCACAUCUCAGCCGCUGCCAACCGUCGUCUGGAUCACCGAAAAAAGCAAGAAAUUGGCCGGUUUUUACCCAAAAUCUCCAUUGCUCGUUCGGGCGAUUCCGAGCACCAUUUUCUUCGAUCCAAGUAUGAUUUUUCAACCUCUCGAGUUGUUCUUGCUGCUAGUUGUGUUGGUUAGGAGAAAUUUCUGA